UUGAAGUUGUCAAUUCUCAUCAAGAGAUAAUCCGGUUUAUUCAAGGUAAACUGCAUGUAGAGUCCAAGCAGGCUGUAGCCUCCGUCUAUUCAAGCUACAACGUCGCAGUAUGAAAUCUCGACCGCGUCUUUCUCAGCAGUGGCAAUUAUCUAAACCAUGUCGGACGUCAUGUAGUGCCAUUUUUACCCACGAAACCUGUCAGUGUUUCCAAAUAACCAAGUAAACAAAGCUAACAAAGAGGCUCUUUAUAUGCCAGAACCUGCUCUGCACAUUUCUUUUCGUCAUUACUCUUUAAUGCCCUCCAGGUGGCCGUCGUGAACAGUUACCAGACUCAAGAGUUUUCGGUCUUCCCAACUCUAAAUUUGACUAUUUAACCGUUAUAUUUUCUGCACUCUCAUCAAAUAUAGAGCAUAGAAUAUAGAACGAUAGCUGUACAUAUGGCGGCAGUACUGAGCAGUGCAGACGCACUCAGUGCAGACUCUGGCAGUUCCUUUCGCUUGACGCUGUCUGGUAUCUUUGGCACGAUCAGCAUAGCGUGUUGGGUGGUGUUGCUUGUGCCGCAACUUGUUGAUCAAUGGAAGCUGAAAUCUUCUGCAGGAGUGUCGCUUUUGUUUCUCCUGGUCUGGUUCCUGGGUGAUAUCGCGAAUCUCAUCGGCGCAGUUUGGGCAGGCCUUCUUCCUAAAGUGGUCGCAUUAGCAGUCUGGUUUUGCUUCGCCGACGCUAUCGAGCUCUCAUCUGCCAUAUACUACCGUUUCUUCUAUCACCCUCCUGCCAAGAAUGGUCCUUCAGACUUUGAAUCGGCUGGAGGACUGCUGGCGGUCUCCAGUGAUGAUGACGCCACCGACGAUAUUCCUCUCGAUGAUCUAGCUGAGGAGUCUCCUUCAGGCGCGCAUUCAAGCGUCUGGAAGGAAUACGUUCUCCCCAUUCUUGGUGUUAUAAUCAUCGGAAUUAUUGGUUAUUUUUUCACCAACAGUCCAACGGACUCUAGUGACGAUAGCAGCGAGGAGCCGGACUCAUCGCUCAGCGUUGGUCCUCAAAUUCUGGGAUAUCUAUCUGCUCUUCUCUACCUUACAGCUCGCAUCCCCCAGAUCAUUCAAAACCACAGAAAGAAGUCCGUGCAUGGACUCUCCCUUCUCUUCUUUAUGUUCUCUACUGCGGGAAACGUCACAUAUGCUGCUCAGAUCUUGCUGUUCAGCUCCGAUUCACGUUAUAUUCUUUUGAACCUGUCAUGGCUGUUGGGAUCGCUCGGUACGGUGUUUCAAGAUGCGGUUAUAUUUGCUCAGUUUUACAUAUAUAGAGAGAAAGAGCAUGGUGCUGGUGUUAUUAGACUAGAGGACGAGCUGCCUUCUAGAGAUGAAGCAUAAGAGUAAUACUGCAACUAAUUGGGAAUGGUCUAUGUUGGUUGAUAUCGAUUUAGAAUACGGAUUUUGAAGGUUUAAGGCGUUCAAGAGUAUAAUUCAAACGUACAAGCACCAGUAUCUGCUACUUUCGAUUUGGUUCUAUGACUCUAUAAUCUACUUACACAGUUUUGUCAAUAUUUACACGACAAAACGAUAGCUCGCAUCUCGUAAUUGGAACCUGAAUUUCUCUACUCCAGACAUUUAUUACGAGUAAGCUUCGAUAUUGUACCGAGCAAGUACUUGACAGUACUUGA